UACAGAGCUCUACUGUUAGGAGUGGUGGUCAUAGUGUUCUCAUGGAUUCACAACAACUUCCGUAUAGUGGACCUACCGUUGCACUCGGUGUGGACCUGGAUCUUCUCCCUGCUGUUGGUUGAGUUCACCUACUAUUGGACCCAUAGAGCUCUACACGAGAUCAACAUCCUAUGGGCUGCCCAUCAGUUUCACCACAUGGCAGAGGACGUAAACAUCACCACAACCAUCAGGGACUCGGUGGUCGACCUCAUCCUAUACGAUAUAUUCCCGCUGCCACUGGCGAUGAUAGUGCCGCCGCCCAUACUGGUGGUGCACAUCCAGUUCAGUCUCAUAUACCAGAUAUGGCUGCACAAUGAGGUGAUCGGCCACUUGGGCCCCAUUGAGUACAUAAUCAAUACGCCCCGUCAGCAUCGGGUUCAUCACGGAAAGAACCCCUACUGUAUCGACAAGAACUACGGGGCACUCCUCAUGAUAUGGGACAGGAUUUUCGGCACAUAUCAGGAAGAAAAGGAGAAAAUCGUAUUCGGAGUCGUGUCGCCCACCCCUAACACCUAUGACUCCAUGACCCUUCAGUUUGGCUACUAUAAUGAUGUGGUCAAGAAGUUUAAUAGUGUCGAUGGUUGGGGUAAUAAGAUGUCGGCGCUGUUUAAGGGCCCCGGAUGGGCACCAGGGAAGCCUAGAUUGGGACUAAUUAAGGAGGUGCCUGAGCCCGACCCGGCGGCUCCCAAGUACUCGUACGACCCCUUCAUACCGUUGUGGCGAAAGUUUUAUGUCUUAUUUCACGGCACCAUUGUGUUGGUGGCGUUCAUACAACUGGCCGAUCACCCAUAUAUUCGAUAUUCAGCGCUAAAAGGUUUGGCCGGAAUAGUGUACAUCGUACUGUUUCUCACAUCUGUAGGCGCUUUAUUUGAUUGCAGGAAAUUUGCACCGUUACUCGAAAUAGUUCGCUGUGUUAUCUACUUUCCUGUCGACUACUAUUUGGUAGACUCUGUCCACUGGGCUAUCGAUGCCAAUGAGAAGUUCGUGUUGUCCUCAUCGCUGUGGAUGGUCCGGGUAUCGCACAUAUUGUCCAUAUUUUUCUGGUUGGGUUACACGCUGUUUAAUAAAUACGAAAAGCCAUCCAAACCCAAGUUAGGCCUAAAGGACAUGGAGGGACACGACUCUAAUGAAAACCCAAGUGAUAGCAUGUUUGAAAAGUGUCUGUUUGCGUUGGGUAUAUUGACCAUGUUCAUUUCAGUGGGCUUUUUGUAUACUUAUAAUAUUGAUAGUUGUAAGGAUGUAACCCAUGCUGUAAUUAUGUGG